CUGACUGGGCGGGCUGCGGAAUGUUCGAAUCCCGGCAGCCCGGGACGCCGCGGGGCUGAGGCGGCGAGAUCCGCGAGCGGCCAGUGAAAAUGCUUUUCUGGCGAGCCAGCUGAUUGCCCCUGAAGCAGCCCGCGCCCCCUGGGGUCCCCCGGCUAAAGAGGAUGGGUUUUGCCCAAGAGGGCUGAACAGUCCCCAUGCAGUCAUGUGCUUCCGGGAAGGCUGACUUCAUCCACACCGCCACGCCGGUCUCACUGCCCCACCAGGCACCGGAUUACAGGUGGGCUUCUUGCCUGGUUCUUGCCCAUGACGCUACAAGGAGUUCUGCUGCAGAACUUGCAAGACAUCUUGCUUCUUAAGGACGCCCACGAAAAAUGACUUCUCUUCCGCAGGACACUCUCAUGUCAGAAUAGGAUCGAAGCCAAUUGUGCAGAAUCACAGAACACAUGAAGGCCCCUUGCCUUAAGAGACCCCUGACUGCUAAACUCCGUGCCUUCGCGUCCAUCUUUGCUCGCAGACUUCCUUCCUCCGGAGCAUGACCAAUCGUCCCCUCUGCAAGAAGACUCACAAGAGGAGCUCAGGCCUGCAGGCACAGGAGAUGGCUCACAUGUCCCCCAAGCUCAGAGCCUUCCUCUCUGAACCCAUUGGAGAAAAGGAUGUUGGCUGUAUAGACGGGAUUAGCCGGGAGCUUGCCAUCAAUCUAGUCACCAAAGGUUUCAGCAAGGCCUACAUCCUGUUGGGACAGUUCCUUCUGAUGCACAAGAACGAAACUGAGUUUCAGAACUGGAUCAUUUGUUGUUGUGGUGCCACCGAGUGUGAGGCCAAGAGGAGCUCCAAAUGUCUCAAGGAGUGGUGCACCUGCUUCCUGUAG